CAUUUUCCUCAACUUCAACUUCAACUUCAACUUCCACCUCUCUCUCCAGAAAUCAAUCAAUGCCUCUGCUCGGGUUCUUCAUUGCCGGAUUUCUGGCAAUGGCGUCGGCUGCCAAUGCCUACGGCGGUGGCUGGGCUAACGCCCAUGCAACCUUCUACGGAGGAAGCGACGCUUCUGGAACAAUGGGCGGCGCCUGUGGGUACGGGAAUCUGUACAGCCAGGGCUACGGUACAAACACUGCAGCGCUGAGUACUGCUCUCUUCAACAACGGCCUGAGCUGCGGUUCCUGCUACGAGAUCCGGUGCGCCGGCGACAGGCGCUCCUGCUUGCCAGGUUCCAUUCUGGUCACGGCCACCAAUUUCUGCCCCCCUAACAACGCCCUACCCAACAAUGCCGGCGGCUGGUGCAACCCUCCCCUCCACCACUUCGACCUCUCUCAGCCCGUCUUCCAACACAUUGCUCAGUACCGCGCCGGCAUUGUCCCCGUCGCUUACCGCCGGGUAGCAUGCCGUAGAAGGGGUGGAAUUAGGUUCACCAUCAAUGGGCACUCCUUCUUCAACCUAGUGCUCAUCACCAACGUCGGCGGUGCCGGGGACGUGCACUCGGUGUCGGUCAAGGGGUCGAGGACCGGGUGGCAGGCGAUGUCGAGGAACUGGGGCCAGAACUGGCAGAGCAACAGCAACCUCAACGGCCAGAGCCUCUCCUUCAAGGUCACCACCAGCGACGGCCGCACCCUCAUCUCUAACAACGCGGCUCCUGCCGGGUGGUCCUUCGGCCAGACCUACUCCGGGGCUCAGUUCCGUUGAAUUGAAUUAUCUAUGAAUUUUAUAUUUAUAAUAUAUGGUCACACCUAAGUUAGGUUGCUAGUGUUAUUAUAAGAUAAGGUAGUAGCGUGAGUAGAAAAAAGAAAUAGAAGGGGCUAAUUUUAAAUGGUCCUUGUCUUUUUGGGGUUGAAAUGGGAAUCACGAAUGUGUGGGGGUGGGAUUCUCUUUCUUGCUCUUGACUUGAGGCUAUUGUUUUGGGAAUUUUAUUUUUAUUUUUUAAAAUUUUGCUAACUUGAUGGGAACUAUUUUACUGUCGCUUGAGAGGCAGAAGAUGGCUGAGGUGGAUAUAUUACCACCCGCUUCCUAUUCAAGGCUUAUAUUACUAUUUUUGUCCUGUUUUGAAGAUCAAUAUGUAAUUAAAUUUUAAUGAAAUGGCUUGUUUCUUGUUA